CGCACUCACCGGAUCGAUGGUGCCAUAAACCCUGACGCUGCCCUGUCACCUACACAGGUAUAAAGAUGCAGUGGACCCCUGAGCAUACACAAUGGGCAGAGCAACACUUUGACAUCUCAUCCACUACCCGCUCACCAGCGCACAAAGUGGAGGCCUACCGGGGGCACUUACAGCGAACAUACCAGUAUGCGUGGGCAAACGAUGACAUCUCUGCACUGACUGCAUCCAAUCUGCUCAAGAAAUACGCAGAGAAGUACUCUGGGAUCCUAGAAGGCCCAAAUGAAAGAGCCCUGCUGUGCUCCUACUCUGAUAGCACCACUGGACUCAUGAAUGGACGGAAAUCAGAGAAUGACUCAUGGCAGGAGGGGAUUUACCCAAUGAACUGUGCUCCAGAUGUUAUAUCUGUGAGCAAAGCUGGAAUGACAGCUGCCCUCCCCCCUACAGACACAUCGGCCAGCAUAGGAAGCUCCCCGGGGGUGGCUAGCAGCUUGUCUGAGCCCAGCUACUCUAGCAGUAACUGUGGGAGUCACCCAGCCACCACGCUCCAUUCGGGUAUCCCCUCUCAGGAAUACACUGCCAGUUACAACGGUUCCUACCUGCAUUCAAGCUACAGCAGUCAGAGUACCCCAGCCCUCCCUUCCCCACACCCUUCACCAUUGCAGAGUGCUGGGCUUUUACAACCACCACCUCCGCCCUCUGCUUUAGUGCCAAGCUACAAUGGUGGGUCUCCAAACAUUCCCAACUACAGUUAUCCUCCUACAGGGUAUGCUUCACAGACCGCUGUGGGUCCUGGUUAUAGUUCUGGGGGAGCGCCACCUCCUUCUGCUUAUCUGCCAUCUGGCAUUGCAGCUCCUACCCCAAUACCUCCCUACACCUACCAGUCCCAUAAUCAUCCACCGAUCGCACCCACACCUUUGAAUGGCAGCACAUCUAACUCAUUAAAACGAAAAGCUUUCUACAUGAGUGGUCACGGAGAUGUGGACUCAAACUAUGGUAAUUUCAGCUACAACCAACAGCACUCCUCACACAGCCCAAUGUACAGAGUGGCAGACAGCAGCAUCUCCGACUCAAACAGGGGCAGUGGCUUUGAAAGAAAUGCAGAAUCAUCAUCUUUAGCCUUUAAGCCAACCAAACAGUCAAUAUCCUCUGAUCAGCAAAGAAAAUUCAAUGUACACUCUGGCAGAGCACAAAGUCCUCCAUCCUAUGGAUCAACCAAAAGUUCAACAGGGGAGUUAAGAACUGGUGAGCCCUACAACAAAUUUGGAUCUUCCAUUAUGAGUGAGCAGACUGAAGAACACAGACAGCACCUCUCCCACUCCCUGCAAGGCCCUGAUUUAGCUACGGCUACCUCUUCCAUCCAUGCAGCAGAGGAACAGUUAAAGAACAGUGAUUCCAGCUUGGUGGAAAUGGUAAAUACAGAGAUCCUUCAGCACGGCUCUCCAGUGGACUGGAGUGACAUUGCAGGUCUUGAUAUGGCCAAAGCAGCAAUUAAAGAGGAGAUACUGUGGCCUAUUUUAAGGCCUGAUAUGUUUAGUGGACUUGCCACAUUACCUCGGAGCCUCCUUUUAUUCGGACCUCAGGGAUCUGGUAGAUCACUUCUGGCUCGCUGCAUGGCCAGCCAGCUGGGGGCUGCCUUCUUACGGUUAAGCAGUUCAGCACUAGUGACUAAGUGGCUUGGGGAAGGGGACAAGAUCAUUCAAUCUUCUUUUAUUGUAGCUCGUUGUCGCCAGCCAGCAGUAGUGUUCAUCAGUGAUGUAGAUCUGCUGCUGUCCGCUCAGCUCUCCGAGGAGAGCCCAGUGAAUCACCUCAAGGCUGAGCUCCUCAUACAGCUUGACAGUAUUUUGUCCUCUGCUGAGGACCAUGUUCUCGUGGUCUGCUCCACCAGUAAGCCUGAAGUGAUCCCAGAGACUCUACGAAGAUACUUUACUAAGCGAUUGCUUAUCCCCUUGCCUGAUGGGACUGCACGCCAUCAGAUAAUCAGUCAGGUGCUCUCACAGCACAACUAUUGUCUUAGUGACAAAGAGAUUUCACUAUUAGUUCAGAGGACAGAGGGGUUUUCAGGACUGGAUGUAGCCCAGCUGUGUCAAGAGGCUCUGGUUGGUUCUCUUCAUGGCAUUCCUGGAGCUGACCUUUCUAGCAUCCACCCCAGUCAAUUGAGACCAGUCUCAUACCAAGACUUUGACAAUGUAUUUUGCAAAUUCCAGCCAAGCAUAUCACAAAAAGAGCUUGAUGUGUACACUGAGUGGAAUAAAAUGUUUGGUUGUAGUCAAUGAAAGAGAUCUAUCAAACACAAUUGCUCUAAAACCAUUUGUUAAAUUCAAAUCAGUACUUGAUCUUGACUAAACAAAUGAAACCUGGACUUAUAAUGUAAAACAUUGGGAAUAUCCUUUUAGGCUUCAGACAGAA